AUGCAUGCCCCCCUCCCACCACCGUCGCUGCCCACGCCCAAGGCCAUUCGUGUCAAUACUAAAGGAGCAGUGAUACUUGCCGAGGAGUCGCCUGAGACUCGAGACAGUCGAGGGAUUUACCUCCCAAACUACAUCGAACCAGUCUCACAUAUCGCAAUAGACAUCGGCGGAUCACUCGCGAAGGUCGUUUACUUUACACGUUCUCCUUCAUCCCCAUCUGUGAUCGCUACGCAGGGCAGUAAUUCUAGCGCCACCAGCUUCUCGACAUCCAGCGCUGGUUCUCCAUCUGUGUCUCCACCAAACGUUACUUGUCCUAUCCCCUCCAGCUCUUCGCAAACACGGAACGGCACCCUUACGCCCCUUGCCCUUGAAUCCCAUUACAAUGGAAAUGGACAUAAUAAUAGUCAUCCCCCAGAUUCCCUCGACACAGACCUUUUACACUGCACUAUCUUGAAACGCACGACCGAAGUACGUCACAUCCCCGGCGGCUCCCUUAACUUUGAGCGGUUCGAAACAUCUAAUAUCUCCGCGCUUAUAACUUUCAUAUCGGAGCUCAUAACUCGGUCUGCUGCCGCGAAUGGCGUCUCUAUCGAAGAGAUGCGCCGUAGCGUCAAGAUCUCAGCUACUGGUGGUGGCGCACACAGGUUUGGCAAGCUGUUCGAGGGCGAACUCGUGGUGGAUGUGCAGAGAGAGGAUGAGAUGGAAUGUUUGAUCGAAGGGAUGAAAUUUAUGGUGACGAUCCCAGAGGAGGUGUAUUACUUCUCGGAUGAACUCAUCCAAGAAGUGACGCAUCACAUAUCGAGGGACGAGAGUGUAUCGGAUGAUCCUGCGUCAAGCACGAGUGCGGAGUCCAUUCUGGAGCGGCCUUCACCAGACCCGCCGCGGUAUGCCGUGACGUUCGAGACCAGCGAACCUUCUGCGCAUCUUCCUUGUUUGCUUGUCAACAUCGGAUCUGGUGUAUCUAUAAUCAAGGUGGAUGCUGAUGGAUCGUUUGAACGUGUCAGUGGAACGAGCCUCGGUGGGGGGACCUUAUGGGGACUUCUUAGUUUGUUGACGCCCGCACGGACAUUUGAUGAGAUGCUUGCAUUGUCCGAAAAGGGUGACAAUGCUAGUGUAGACAUGCUCGUUGGUGAUAUCUAUGGUUCGGACUACAGCAAGCUUGGACUCAAAUCGACCAUGAUAGCAAGUUCGUUCGGUAAGGUUUUCAGAAGCCGAGGACAGGCGAAGGGAGAAGGGGAACGCGGGACGUUCCGAGCCGAGGACAUUAGCCGAAGCUUGCUGUACGCUGUAUCGAACAAUAUCGGGCAAAUUGCGUACAUGAACGCAGAAAAGUAUGGUCUAGAUAGGAUCUACUUUGGUGGAUUCUUCAUACGUGGGCAUGCAGCGACUGUAGCUACAUUAUCAUACGCUAUAAGGUUCUGGAGCAAGGGAACGAAGCGGGCGCUAUUUUUCCGACACGAGGGAUUCCUGGGUUCGAUUGGAGCAUGGAUCAAGAACAUCGACGUGGAAGAGACACCAACAUCGAGGCUGCCGGCGUCAUAGCUGAUAUCUGUUCUCAUGUGCACUAUUUAUACCGGUCAUUGAGUUAUGCGUAUACAAGGCUUAUCAUAAUCAAUUUGCAAGCCCAGGCGGCCUGAGGCUCUGCACUAGACGACAAAGUGGUUUAUAAGGCAGUGUGACCACACCGAUCCCGAUUAAAUUUUAGUAGCCCCGGUUGAUUAAUAAACGUUGAAAGCUUAGCGCUUAGCUGGCCAGGCUUGGAUUAUGAAACGACUGCGACUGUACAGCAGCAGGAAGGACACUAAGCGGUCAGCCACGUGGAUACCCUGUGAAUCCCAUCCGACCUCGUCCUUUAACCGAAUUUCAGUUGGCCCCUCUCGUCACAAACACCCCAGUUGUGUUCUAUUGGGAUAAAAUGAUUAAAAGAUUUGGUAGUAGGAGGAGAGAAUGGUGUUGGUCGUAGUCAAUACCCCUCAGUGACGACAAGUAGCA